AAAAAAAAUCAAAUUGAAAGCAGAGAAGAUGUGAGUGGAAAAAAAAUUGAAAUACAGCGACGUGUGAGAAAAAUAUUUGUCAAGCUUGAAUUAAAUUAGAGCGACCGAAAUCCAACUCAAAACGGUGCAAUAAUCGCCGCGAAAACAAGAAAAGAGCCUUUUCUUUUCAUCGUUCGACAUUUAGAUAAUACACAAAACCCCCAAUUCAAUAAUAAUGUUACGGAGUUGUGCAUGUUUUCAACGUCAACGUCGCGGUUCGAGCUUUGAGGAUUCGUCAUCGUGUCGGAGCUCAGAGAUUGAGCGCGGAAGCGAAGUAUCAACAAGCAAUGGAAGCCUAUUAAAAUUGAUAACGUCCCGCGGGUGGUGUCGUCAAUGGAGAAAGACUGGAAGUACCAUCAGUAUGUCAAAAAUUGAACGAACUAUGAAAGCGGCAAUAUUGAUACAACGAUGGUAUCGUCGUUAUUUAGCUCGCAUGGAAAUUCGUCGACGAUACACAUGGACAAUAUUCCAAAGCAUUGAAUAUGCUGGCGAACAAGACCAAGUUCGGUUAUACAACUUUUUCAAUGCAUUAUUAACACAUAUUCCUGACACAGCAAACAAACCAUCAGGAUCAUCAAAUAUAUCGAGGGCAUCAUCAAAUGACGCAUUAGAUUCAAAAUUUAGCGAUGAAUCUGAUGAUUUAGCUGAUGAAGGUAUUUCCGGACCCGAACGAGCAUAUCGUGGACCACAUUUAGUAUUUCCAUUACAGAAAAAAGACAUUGACACAUUAAUUGAACUAUUCCGAAAGAAAAAGUAUAAUCGUUUGCAUGCAAAAUACGUGGCUGGUAUAUUGAAGGAAGCAACAAUACGACUGAAACGUUUACCUAAUUUGAAUCAAGCGUCCACUGCCAUAUCGAAGCAAGUUACCAUUUGUGGUGAUUUACAUGGAAAACUUGAUGAUUUAUUGGUGGUAUUUCAUAAGAAUGGUUUACCAUCACCUGAAAAUCCGUACGUUUUUAAUGGUGAUUUUGUGGAUCGUGGCAAAAAAAGCUUAGAAGUAUUACUGUUACUGCUAUCCUGCCUUUUAGUAUUCCCCGGUGGCGUCUAUUUGAAUCGUGGCAACCAUGAAGAUACCGUCAUGAAUGCAAGGUAUGGUUUUAUUCGGGAAGUUCACCAAAAGUACAAGCAUAACGCCGAACGAUUAUUAAAACUAAUUGAGGAAAUUUAUCGAUGGCUUCCAUUGGGUACAAUCGUCAAUAAUCGGGUAUUUGUAGUUCAUGGUGGCAUAUCGGAUACGACUGAUUUGGAUCUUUUGAAAAGCUUGGAUCGUGGUAAAUACAUAUCGUUGUUGCGACCGCCGAUAACGGAUAGUAAUGCACCUGGAGCCGAUAUUAUAGACAAAGUGGAAUGGAAACAGGUGUUCGAUAUACUUUGGAGUGAUCCACAACACAACGAAGGAUGCCAACCGAAUGGCUUGCGUGGUGCUGGCACUUAUUUUGGUCCAGAUGUUACGCAAAAUUUUUUGCAAAAAAAUAAAUUGGUGUUUUUGGUGCGAUCUCAUGAAUGUAAACAUGAUGGUUACGAAAUUGUACAUGGCGGAAAGGUGAUAACCAUUUUUUCGGCAUCAAAUUAUUAUGAGAUUGGAUCGAAUAAAGGCGCCUAUCUGAAAUUAAAUCCCCAGCUUGAUACACAUUUCGUACAAUAUACGGCGGCAGCAUCAAAGACGCGAAAAUUAACGUUUCGCCAAAAAGUUGGUUUGGUCGAAAGUUCGGCAAUUCGAGAGUUGGGCGCCAAAUUGCGUAAUGUACGAAAUGAACUUGAGCGUGAAUUCAAGGCACGUGAUCCAGACUUAAAAGGAAUUUUAACAAUGUCGCGUUGGUGUGAAGCAAUGGAAUCAGCGACACACUUGGGCCUACCGUGGCGUUUGUUGCGAGAAAAAUUAGCGCCAUCAAAACCAGGCUUUCCACCUCUCGAUGUUCAUUAUAAUUUAACAUUGGAAUUGCUUGACACAGAUCUAAUCAAAACUGCACAUGCUGGCUCAACAAGUGUUGCUGAUUCAUUGUAUAGGAAUAAGAGCAGUUUGGAAGUCAUUUUCCGAAUAUUGGAUAAAGAUAAUUCAGGUUUCAUCUCUUUGGAUGAAUUUGCUGAGGCAUGUGAUUUGUUGCAAAAACAUCUACCUGAACAUGAUACGAAAGAGGAGCUUAUGGAAAUGUGCAAAUUGAUGGACAUCAAUAAAGACAGUUUAGUUGAUUUAAACGAAUUUCUCGAAACGUUUCGACUGUGCGAACAGGAGAGAGGCAACAGUUUUAAGAGUGAAGUUUUAGCCGUACAUUUUGAUCUUCCAAAUGAUACAGCAACAACAACAACGACGACGACCAAAAAACCCAAAAGCGAAUCGAUGGCUUCGGCGACGAUGACGGAUGAUAAGAAUGGCAUUGCCAAUGGUGAACCAGUGAACACGGGAACUGCAGAAAAUUAAUCUUUAUAUUACUCUCCAUCUAUCAGCACAAAAAAACCUUCUUCAAGGAACACCGCGCUUCAUUUGUAAAUUGAUUACUUCUCGAUAUGCAGCAUUUCCUUCAAUAUCGCACGAAAUACAUAUAUAAAUGAACAUUUGAAAAACGCCACAGUGAAAAUAUUUUCGCUUAAAUAACUUUCAUGCAUUUGUAUUUAAAUAAUAAAAAGAACUUCACUUCAUUCAAAAUGAAGAUGAAAAAUUAAACGUUCGUAAAUAAAGACACUUGAGCAAAGAGAAACCGUAAGAAUUAAAAAUAAUCCUAAUCAAAAUAUUUGCAAUCAAAGUGAAUGAAACGAAAGAAAAACAAAUCAUUUAAUAUUGACAUAGUGAGUUUUUGUCGUUUAUAAGAUCAAAGUGAAAAUAUGAAAAUUUAUGAAAUGAAAAAAAAAAAACAAGAAGUGAAUUUCAAUUGAAGCUUUUUUUCGCCAACCGACUUUUGAGCGCGAUUUAUCAUGAUUUUCUGAUUGACUUACCUAGCAACUUACUGAUGGAAUUGGAAUAAAUUUUGUCCAUAAUUACAUAUUAUCCUAUCCUUGGUGUAUUUUGAUUGAAAAUACGAUAAAAAAUUAUUGAAAAGAAAGAUGUGAAGUUUAUAAGCUCUGGAAUUUAAAUGGAGGAAUUUUAAUUAUUGGUAGGCAAUUUUUAAAUAAAACUAUAGGGAUCUGCAAAUGUCCAUUAUAUAUCUUGUGUAAAACCCCGAUCCCGUCAAGAAAUCCAUAAAGCAUCGAAGCUCUAUUGAUGGAAGCAUUUGGCGCUGUUCUACAAUGCGAAGAUCUCGGAAUAUCUGCGAUUUAAUGAUAAAAAAAAACAUUAAUUUCUGAUUAAAAGAAUACAAACGUUUUUCCGAACUUUUUCGAAAAAAAAUUCUUCAAAACUAACGAAUAGCUUUAAUAAACCUGCUGACACAAUGUCAAAAUAAAAAUGUCAAACCUUUAACACAUGAAAAAAAUGAAAUUUAUUAAAACGAAAGCUAGAUUUUAUUCGAACACUUUUUAAUAUUGAAAAUUAUGAACAUUCUCGAUGUAGUGUAUUCAAAUCACCACCCCUUUUCACCCACUUAGAUAAAUAUAUAUGUAGAAAUGAACGUUUGCAAUGCAAUUCAAUUGUAUGCAUUGCAAAUGUUUAAUAUGGACCAAAGACAAAAAACAAACACUAUUUUUCCCUUUAAAUGUUGAACAUUAUAAUAACAAAACAAAAUAAAUUUAUCUAUUUUAAAAUUGCACAAUCUAAAUAUGUAUUAAAGUCAAGAAAAAAAACUAUGGAAAUUAAAAAUUGUGAACUGAGAAUCGAUCUCAAUUCGAAAUGAAUAACCAUUCUGAUUAGAAUGUAUUAUCAUUUGCCACAAAUUCGAUAUUAUAAUACAGAGCUGUAAUUUUCACUUUGGCAGUGCGCGCACACAGUAGAACAAGAACUCACAUUUCAUGUGCGAUGCACACAAUGCUUGUGUUUUCAAUGUGCAUGCACAUUUACCCAGAAUUUUGACAAUUUUGACGGUUGUCCAAAAUUGUAAACUAUCAUUUGAAAUGUCAAACUUUUGUGCAAAUGUGCCAAACUUUUGUGCAGAGUGAAAAUGACAGAUCUGUUAAAAUAAGAUAUGUCCAUAGAUAUAUCGCUGUUUCAUUUAAUAUUGAAUUUUAAAAUGAGCAACAACAUAUUCCAUACUACAUGUUCCAUGUGACAAAAAAACGUAGUCGAAAAAAGUUCAUAUGAUACAACAACGUCAUUUAAUGAAGAAAAAAAAAGUAUGUUACUGUCAGUUAUUGUCAUUUCAUUUAAAAUUUUAAGAUGCAAUUGCCGUGAUAUCUUUAGU